AUGGUCGAGAAGGUUUACGUCACAUACAACCAGGUGCACAAGCUGUGCCAAGAAGCCGCAGACCAAAUCCUCAAUGACUUCAAGCCCAACCUCAUGAUCGCCAUCGGCGGCGGCGGCUACGUCCCCGCGCGCAUCCUCCGAUCCUUCCUCAAGCGCUCAAACAGCCCCAACAUCCCCAUCCAAGCCAUCGGCCUCUCCCUCUACGAAACCCUGCCCACAACCACAGACAAAGACGUCGAGACCCCGGGAACAAAAGUAACCCGCACACAAUGGCUCGACCUGUCUUCUCUCGAGAUGGCGAAUCUGAUUGGCAAGAACGUGCUUAUCGUCGAUGAGGUCGACGACACGCGCACGACGCUGGAAUACGCAGUCAGGGAGUUGGAGAAGGAUGUGGAGGCUGCGGUCAAGAAGCUUGGAAGGGAGGGCGAGAAGACGAAUUUCAGUAUUUUUGUCCUGCAUAAUAAGGAUAAGGCGAAGAAGGGGGCGUUGCCGCAGGAGAUUCUCAAGGGGAGGUAUAGUGCGGCGAGGACGGUGGGGGAUGUUUGGAUUUGUUAUCCUUGGGAGGCUACUGACAUCGACGAGCAUGACCGUCUUUCGAGGGAGCAGGAGGGCAAGCAAUAG